GAGCUUGUGUGUGUGUGUGAGAGAGAGAGAGUGUGUGUACGACAGAAAGAGAGAAGAAACACAACCAAGUGACAGUGGGGCCAGCAGCAGCGACAAGUGCGACAAACGACACACGGCGGUGAAAAGAAAAAAAGCGACACAUACACACACACACGCACACAAGAAAACAGUGGAACAAAAACAUGAACAGCUAAUCUUUUCGCAAACACAGCAGCAGCAGUGACCAGAGUGCAACGGAAGUGAACGCGGAAAAAAGCGCUGAAGCGGAGCGGAAGUGGAGGUGGUCACCGAGACGGCCUCCGGUUUGAUUGCGAUGGGCCAAACGGUGCUGGGUGCGGAUUAGUGGCGUUUGCAUACAUGUCCGCCGCAGCCAUAAACCGGGCGCUGAGCGAGGAAGAGUGGUAAAGGCAGGAGAAAGGGCCCUUGACCAUUUGGCGUUCGACCAGAGGGUGGUGUGACCAAGUGCGUGCGUGUGUGUGUGUGUGUGUAUUGGGAGGAAAAGCCUCCCAGACAAUCCAGCGCUUUGAUAAGGGGAAAACAUACGCUGCAACGAGCAACGCUUUAGCUGGAGGUUAAACGCUUCACCGUCAAGCUGGAGAUGUUCAAUCGCAUCAAGAACAGGGUGCUCACCGUGGUGGCCCCUGACCAGCCGGCCCUACCGGCCGGCCCCGGUCACCAAGCGUACGGCGGUGGGGGCACCGCCGGCAGCCGCACCGGCAGCGCCAACAGAGACUACGAUGCGGCCGGCGGCGGCGGCGGCGGCAAGCGGCUGCCGAAAAAGUUCCAGUACGCGCGGCCCCCCUUCCUGCAGCUGCUGACGUACGACGAGCUGAAGGCGAGCGCGGACCACAACGUGCGGCCGAUCAUCGUGCCGCGCGACAUCUCGCUGCUGCCGUGGAGCACCGGGUACGCGGAGUGCGUCAACUCGGGCAAGUCGAAGUGGAACGAGGACCAGGCCGCGUUCCACCGGCAGGUGCUGUCGCACCCGUCCCGCCAGUACCACGACCUGCCGUACACGUACUUCGGCAUCUACGAUGGGCACGCGGGGUACGGGGCGGCCCUGGCCGCCGCCAACCAGUUCCACUACAUCCUGCACGAGAAGCUGGUGGACGUGAUCGAUCUGCUGAUGCCGCGGGUCGAGGGCGACGGUGGCGGGCUGGCGCUGCACGCGACCCUGCCCCACCCGAGCCUGUUCCACAAGCAGGUGUCGAAGGACGAGCUGAUCGUGGGGGCGCUCGAGGCCGCGUUCGCCGAUAUGGACGCGGUGCUGGCGGAGGACCGGGACAAGUAUCGGAAUGCGGGCGGGUGUACCGCGCUGGUCGCCCUGUUCAUACUCGGCAAGCUGUUCGUCGCGAAUGCGGGCGACUCGCGGGGCGUGCUGUGCAAGCGGGUGCGGCGCCGGAAGCUGCUGCCGGUGUACCACCGCGCCGAGCGCAACGGGACGGGCGAGGAGGAGGAGGAGGAGAAGGAAGGGGAAGAGAAGAAGGAGGAGAAGGGGGAGGGAGGCGAGGACGAGUACGAGGUGGUGGCGGAACCGUGCUCGUUCGACCACACGCCCGACACGGAGCGGCCGCGGCUGCUGACGGUCGGCAAGCACAAUCCGGCCCUGCUCGGCGGCGAGUACAUCGCGAUGGAGUACGCGAAGAAGCCGACGACGAAGGAUCUGGGCGCCCGCAUCCUCUACCGGCAGGGCGCGAUGAAGGGCUGGACGUACAAGACGCUCACCGCGACCGAUCUGAAGAUACCGCUGAUCACGGGCGUGGGCAAGCGGAGCCGCCUGCUCGGCACGAUCGGGGUGACGCGCGGGUUCGGCGACCACGAUCUGAAGGCGCUCGGGAGCAACCUGCCGAUCAAGCCGUUCCUGAGCGCGCACCCGGACGUGGUGUGCUUCGACCUGGCGCAGGUGCGCAGCGAGCCGGCGGACGAGAACAGCGACGGCGAGUACGGCAUCCUGGUGAUGGCGACCGACGGGCUGUGGGACGUGAGCGAGUCGCAGCAGGUGGCGAACACGGUGUUCGGCACGCUCAAGCGCUUCCCGGCCGAGCGCCACCGGUACACGAUGGUCGCGCAGGAGCUGGUGGCGCGGUCGCGGGGCCGCGCGAACGAAUCGGGCCACUGGCGGCUGUCGGAUUCGCGGGCCGCCGCCACGGUGGACGACAUCUCGGUGAUCGUGAUACCGGUGCACCAGUACUACCAGGAGUACCGGGCGUGGACGCAGACGGUGGCCGCCCGCAACCGUGUGCGCAGCGCGGCGGCCAAGGAGGUGGCGGCCGUGCCGGAGGCGGCCGUCGCGCGCGACCAGCCGGGUGCGCCCGGGGCCGAUCUCAACUCCGAGUCGUCCGAGUCGGAGCCGCCCGAGGAGGCGCAGGAGGCGGAAAACAAUCUCAACACGAUCAAUGUGCCGCCGGCGGCCGGCAAGCCGUCGGCACCGUUGGGGCUCGCCGAUGCGCUGCCGGCCAAGUAGGCGAAUGGGGGGUAAGCAGCCGGCCGCAAACAAC